AUACUUAAAGUAAAUUUUCAUUAGUUGGUUCUUCUUGUUUCCCUCCUCAUUACAAAUGUGUGACUAAGCCGCGGGGUUUUAGUUAUUCAUGUAUUUGAUUUCAUAGCAGUAGCUGGCUACGCUAGCUAGCUUUUUGAACACUAAUAAUAUUACUAGUAUUAGUAAUAUUUCAACGAAGAAGAAUGUUAUCAGCGGCAGAGGGUGUGCAGGACUUCAGGGUUAAAUUUCCACUACAUGCCUUGGUUUGGGAAAAUGACUACAGGACGCUGGAAAAGGAGCUGAAAACGAACAACAUUGAGGAGGUUGAUCCCAGAGGAAGGACUCCCCUCCACUUAGCUGUGUCACUGGGGCAUCUGGAGUCCGUCCGCAUUCUCUUGAGAAAUGGAGCAGAAGUUACCAAAGAAAAUGCCAAGAACUGGACAGUGCUCCAGGAGGCUGUCAGCACUGGAGACCCAGAGAUGGUGCAGCUGGUUCUCCAGAGGCGAGACUACCUCAAAGCUUCUGCGGCCCUGGCAGGAGUACCGGAGCUGCUCUGCAAGAUCCGGGAGUCUCCAGAUUUCUACAUGGAGAUGAAAUGGGAAUUCACAAGCUGGAUACCCUUGGUGUCACGGGUUUGUCCCAGCGAUGUGUGUCGGAUCUGGAAGAGCGGAGCCAGCAUACGGGUUGACUCGACGCUCCUGGGCUUUGAGAACAUGACAUGGAUCAGGGGUAGAAGAAGCUACAUCUUUAGAGGAGAAGAUAACUGUACAGAGCUGAUGGAGGUGAAUCAUGACGAUGAGAUCGUGGACGUAGAGCGGUUUGACAUCUCCAGAGAGAUGGAGGACGUCACCAUGGAUUCCAUGCAGCCCGCCGCGCAGGAAGUGGCCAAGCGAUUAACCACGCCCAUCGUCAAUACCUUUUUAGACACCAAGGACAUAGCCUUUGAGAGGUGCAAAUCUGGGAUUUGGGGUUGGAGGACAGAGAAAACUGAGGUUGUCAAUGGAUUUGAAGCCAAAGUGUUUGCUGUGAACAACGUGAAUGUUGUCAUUCGAACGAGAACAGAGCACCUCACAGAUGAGGAGAAAGCCAGGAUAAAAAGUGAAAGGAAUGUUCUGGAGUCAUUACUAGGGACAGUAGAACAGCAGAUCAGCGUUCAAGGGGACCUGACUUUGGAGUACGCCACAGCCACCAACCCCACUGCCAUUACGCCAGAGGAGUAUUUUAACCCCGACUUCGACCUGCAGGGACGAGACAUCGGGAGGCCCAUAGAACUCACCAUCAGAACCCAAAAGUUUAAGGGAACCCUGUGGAUGAGUGAAGAGCAUCCUCUGUCUCUGGUGGAGCAGGUAACUCCCAUCAUCAACCUCAUGGCGCGAACCAGUAGUCAUUUCGCCAGGCUGAAGGACUUCAUCGCCCUCAGGUUUCCCCCUGGCUUUCCCGUGAAGAUAGAAAUCCCGCUGUUCCACGUGCUCAACGCCCGCAUCACCUUCGGCAACGUCAACAAGUGCAGCACGGAUGAGCCUCUCAGCGCCAGCCAAUCAACUGCUUCGACUCCGCCCACGGAGGAGGAGGAGAAGGGCGUGGCUGGACAGGCCGCGGGUCCUGUCCCGUUCCGGGUGUCUCCGUCUGUGUUUACUGUGCCGGCUCACUAUCACCGCAGAGGUGGUAACCGCCACACGCCAGCGCCCAGCAACGACGAGGAGUUACUGCAGUACGCCAUCCACCAGAGUCUGCUGGAGUCCAGUGGCUUCCCCUCGCAGGACACCUGGGGUGAUUCCAACGGGAUGAUUGGACAUGACAUGGUGAACAGCCAUAGUGAUGGGACUGUGUCGGAAGGCGUGCUGGUGGAUUUGGGAGACACCACGCCCACCAGCUCCGGCUCCACCUCCAGCCCGGAUUCUGACCUGCGAUUGGCCAUGGAGCUGUCGGCUCAGUCGCAGGCGGAAGAGGAACGGCGGAGAAAGGAGGAAGAGGAAGAGCUGGAACGGAUUCUGCAGCUCUCUCUCACCGAGAAGUGACGGAGCAGUUUGUAGAAUGAGUGACGGAGGGGGAGGGGUGGAAAUAAGGGGUUGGGUGAGCUCCUGUUUCGCUAUAGCCUCAAACAGUCUUUGUUUUUUUAUUUUUCCUUGUAACGAAUACAUCCACUUUUUACUCGCCACAGACUAGCAGUCAUUUAAUACACACGCAUUUAAACAUACAGAGGCUGGGACACAGUUACCGGAAUCGUUCUCUUUUGUAAACCUGGGGUAGCAUUGAUUUUUUUUAUUCAUAUUUCGGUGAACACGAACGCGUGUAUUUUAAAUUUUUUUCAUAAAUCAGGUUCAUUAACUUUUCCUCUCUUUUUAAGAGGCAUCCAUGCAGUCUUUUGUAACAACCAGUCUGAGUGGUUGCUUAGAAGUUGUGUGAGGUAUGAGUGGUCUGUGGUGUCUUAGAAAAGUCAAAAGUGUGUGUUUGUGCGUGUGCGUAUAGUUGUGUUUGUGAGUGUGUGUAUAGUUGUGUUUGUG